ACUUCAUGUUUCUCCGAAAUAACCAGAACUGGAGAGAGUAAGAGGGAGCCGGUGCAGGUCAGCAACUUCUUUCUGUUUUAUUGCCUUGGACUUCAGGAGGAUCGACUGUGCCUGGUGACACCGUGCAGCCUUUCCCUGGAGAAGCUCCUCACCUUUAAAUAGAGGUUUCCCUGGGUGCGACAAAAAGAAGCCUUAGCUGGUUUCAUAAAAGCAGGGCCAAAGGGCUAGGUUUGGGGAUCCUGGGAGUAAGGUAAAAGACCAGCUAGGUUCAGCUCCGCUCUCUAAGAAAUAAGUGGUAAAGGUACCCAGACUGGGGCUUGUUGGCUUUUAAAAGCCCUUGUGUGGGAAAGCAAGCAAGCUGAGAAGUUCAUGAGUACCUUUGUGGUGCAUUUCAGAGGGGUCUCUUCACCACCUUUCUGGCUCAACACUCUUCAAGAGCCUGGACAUCGAUGUCCCCCUGCCAUGCAGCAAGGCCCCACUUAGGCUAGGAGCACCCUACCCUGGGCACUAAUAGGAAAGCAUUGUGGUUACUCAUUGCCUAACUUAAUUCAGGCCCGCCAGAUUCUGGUAUCUUUUGGGUGACCCUGACGAAGACAAAGCCAGGACACAGUCUUUGUAUGGCAGAGUCGCGUCUCCCGCCCGCCUGGGCCGGUGAGCUGCCCGCCAAAGAUACUCGGUCCAAGGCAGAGGCACCUUGCCCACUUACCCUUCCUUGCUUUGCACCCCGCUUGAACGACUCAUUUCCCCCUGAACUGUGCCCAUUUUGAGGGGUUGCUGCAGGCUAUGGUGAGUGGAGAGGGCAUGGAAGGUUAGCAAAGUCAGGGACAGAGGAAGAAAAAACAAAACAGUACCUGCUGGGGGUAGGGAUGCUGGGUUGGAACUACUUUAACAUCUGGCGGGGACCCUCAAAUGUGGCAAGGCGAGUCACUUGAUUACACGUAUGUUAUUUAGUUAAAUUUGUGAAAAUUAUGAGAUGCUCACCAACCCGGUGAUAAACUCGCUCCCUCCCCAUUGGCUGGCCUGGUCACAUGGCCGUCCAACUUUAUUCAGUUGACAGCAAGUAGGAGGGCCCUAUGGAAGGAGAAAAAAAGACAACACGAGAAAAAUUAGUAUUUUCUACCUUCUGAAAUUAAUGGCCAUGAGUUCGUAUAUGGUGAACUCCAAGUAUGUGGACCCCAAGUUUCCUCCGUGUGAGGAAUAUUUGCAGGGCGGCUACCUAGGCGAGCAGGGCACCGACUACUACAGCAGCGGCGCACAGGGCGCUGACUUCCAGCCCCCGGGGCUCUACCCGCGGCCCGACUUUGGUGAGCAACCCUUUGGAGGCGGCGGCCCUGGGCCGGGCUCAGCACUGCCUGCACGGGGUCACGGGCAAGAGCCCAGCGGCCCCGGCAGUCACUACGGUGCCCCAGGAGAGCCGUGCCCGGCGCCCCCGCCCGCGCCCCUGCCUGGCGCCCGGGCCUGCAGCCAGCCGGGCGGCCCAAAGCAGCCGCCCCCCGGGACGGCACUCAAGCAGCCCGCCGUGGUGUACCCCUGGAUGAAGAAGGUGCACGUGAAUUCGGUGAACCCCAACUACACCGGCGGGGAGCCCAAGCGUUCCCGGACGGCCUACACCCGGCAGCAAGUCCUAGAACUGGAAAAGGAAUUUCAUUUUAACAGGUAUCUGACAAGGCGUCGUCGGAUUGAAAUUGCUCACACCCUGUGUCUAUCCGAGCGCCAGAUCAAGAUCUGGUUCCAGAAUCGGAGGAUGAAGUGGAAAAAAGACCACAAGCUGCCCAACACCAAGGGCAGGUCAUCAUCAUCUUCUUCUUCUUCUUCAUCUUCCUGCUCCUCCUCAGCUGCCCCGGGCCAGCAUUUGCAGCCAAUGGCCAAGGACCACCACACGGACCUGACGGCCUUAUAGAAGUGGGGAUCCUGGGCCCAUCCCUCUCUGUGCUCCAGGCUGAGCCGAAGCUGUGGGGGCAGGCCGGGCCUGCUGUCACCUCGCUGGGUUCUAAGGUACUGUGGGGUGGACCUGGGACCUGCAGGCCGCCCUCGGACUAGGUUAGCAUCCUGCCCGAGGGCAGCCCCCUCCCUAGAGUGGGGAUGGGGGUGGGAGGGUGGGCGGGAUUCUGUAAGUAUAUGAUCCUAUGGCAGGAGCUACUGAGAACAUAAAACCCUGGCGAGUCAUUAAACUCAUGAAAAUGUCUGCUGUUGGAUUUUGAAUUUGCAAAUGAAGGUUGGAUGCUUUAUCCCAGUGUGAAUUUGGACGUUCUCCCCCACUCCACCCCUCCAGGGAGCUUUGUGGUUUACUUCAUGUGGGGGAGUUGAGGCAGAAGGUUGCCCCCCCCCCCCCCCCUGCGCUAGGUGCUUCCAGUGAGUCCAGGAGAGACUACCAAAAUUUCUGAACUUUCUGAGGUGGCUUGUAUUAUUGCCAGUGUGCUAAAAAGAAUGCCAUGCUCCCAGUGGCCCAUGCUCAAAGGAAUAAAUCUAAGAAGGAAGUACAAAUGGGUUGUUUUAUGUUUAGAUUAUAUUUGCUUUAUUAUUUAUUUGUUGGGGGUUGGGGUACAGAAAAUAACUGACACCUUCCUGCCAAAAUUCUUAAGAGGGUAAAGGGGUUGAGCUUCAAGGAGCUGGUCAGAGAUACCUAGACUUACUUUUGGCUAUAACUGGCAUUGUGAUCUCCACCUACUUCCUACUCCCUAGAAAUAAGUAUAAGGGCCUUUAAUCCUUCUAGAGAGAAGUAGAGUUCUUGAAAAUGUAUUCCCACACAUGCUUACACUGUGAUUGCACUGUGCUUACAAGCAGUUCUGGGUGGUUGAAGGAAGAGGGAGGAAAAAGGAAACAAAUGGCCCAACAUUUUCUUUCUGAGGAAUGAAAACAAAACCUCUGUGCUCUGACUUGUUCGAUAAUGACUGAAUUUUCUGUUCCAACCGAAUUCCAAAUGUCCCAAAUAUUCCUCAUUGCAGUAUUUGAUAAGAAUUCAUGUGUGGCUUAUAUGGGUGUGGGGCUGUGCAGUUGAGGAAAAGUGGGUAGGUGAACAAGUCUUGUGUUUGUAAAAAGGAAUUAUGCCUAGAAGUACACAAAAGUUGCUCUUAGAGUUUUCCCUAAAGUUUUAUUUUUUUAAAGCAAACUGAAUAAGUGAUUUUUUUUCAAACCAUUAAGCAGAAGCAGAAAUUGCAAACGUGUAAAAGUUUUCAGGCCCUCUUCUUUGCCUUGAAAAAUCAUGGCUU